UUUUGUAAAGUGGUUGACUAACACUGUCGUUAUAUCAUUGUUUUUGAUUUGUUUGUAUCCCGAAAUGUUGCGGCAAUUACUGCUAACCACAGUGGGGCGCCGAAUGGCGGUCCCUUUAAUUGCCCGAAAUCGCUCUGUCAGCAAUUUGGACAAAACUGAGUUUACAACUCCAGGGGAAAUUGUGGACUACGAAGAUCCGCCGCAUUUGCCAGUCCCGGAAUAUCCUGUGCGUCCGGAGGAGCCCCUCGAAACUCGAAAGCAACGCCUCUUGUACCAGAGCCGAAAACGUGGAAUGCUGGAAAACGACCUUCUGCUGAGCACUUUUGUGGCCAAGCAUCUGAAGGAUUUCAAUGCCGAUCAGACUGCCGAGUAUGAUCAGCUAAUUAAUGGUGUAAGCAACGAUUGGGAUAUCUUUUACUGGGCCACCGAAACGAAGCCUACGCCCCCGCAAUUUGAUACGGAGAUAAUGCGGCUACUAAAGGAGCAUGUAAAGAACCACGAAAAGGUCCAAAGGAUCAGACAGCCGGAUUUGUAAACCACCUAACUUUGAAAGCUAGAUACCACGGUAUAUAUACAUAUAUGUAUUAGCAGGAGCAUUACUAAACUAUUGUGUGGUAAAAGGUUUCACAAUUUAAAUAUUAAUGUAGAAACACCGAUUUGGCAUUUUACAUAUUUUUGCACCUGAUAUUAAUUUUGUUUUCUUAAUCUUCACUAGGU